AUGACCACCCAUACGCAGCUUCUGCCGAAUGGAGGAGUAGUGACAUAUUCCUCUUCCUUGCCCAUUCCUGCAUCCGCCAUUGCCAGAAUUCUGUCAAUUGCUGCCACGCGUCAGAUUUUUGAUACACUCAGUGAUCCCAAUGGAACCAGGGUCAUUUUGAAGUGGCAAUCCAAAGCAAUCUGGGAUGGUUUGUUGGUAGGAGAUGUGAAUGCACAGCUGAUUGGAUCUUUGCUUCAACUCACAUGCUUUCCUGAACUCCUUGGUAGGGACAUGCGCAUGAUUCACAAAGCCAAGCAAUGCUGCAAUGUUUCGAUUGAACAGCUCCUUUCGGAAACACAUGCGAACUUUGUGAUGAUCCAGCUUAUGAAAGAGAUGAGUGGAGGUGCAGGCACAAAGGACAAUCAGAAGACCUAUGUGAGAAAUAGUCUUGCUGCCACUUUGCUUGAGCAAGGAUUUCCUUUCAACUGGGUCAGUGAAGCAACGGAGAAACUUGUUGCGUUGGUUGGAUUGAAGCAAAUCACACAGGUCUCAAACUUGCCUCCGGGCAAACAACGUCUUGACAGCAUCUUGCAGCUUUGUGAACAAUGUGAACUUUCGCCACCACUUGCAGUCUCCAAGUCAGCACAGAAAGUUGCACAGGUAGGCAUGAACAAAGCCAGAAAGCGUGUUGCAAUCAAUGUCAACCCUGCAGAUUAUCGGAUUGAGCCUUCGUUCUUCCUUGCAGAAAAUGAUGAAAAGCUUCCGCAACUCCAUGAAAUCAGACACAAGAGCUGCGGGGUCAUGCUCAUGAGCUUUGAUCAAGCCCUCCCAUGGCUUCGAGAGCAGCAGAUUAUUUCUGCUGAUGAGCUUGCUAUGGUAAUCCUAGGACACCAUGAGAAUCUUCAGACGACGCUCAAGACACAAUGCCUUCAUGUGCCAUGCCAAGACUCAGAUUCCAGGCCAGUCAUCCUUAAAGCGACCCUGGUGCAACUUGGAGAGAAGGUGGUACGAACCCAUGUCUCAGAAAUGCCAAUCAUUGAUGAACAAUCAUGCAGUACAGUGUCGAUCACCUAUUGGAAAGAGGAUUGGUCAGUUGAUGAAUGGAAGCAGAUUGUGGAUCAGCCAUUCUCUUAUGCCCGUCAAAUUCUUGCUGCGCAGGGGCUUUCCGAUCUUUUGCAGUCCACAUGGGGAAAAUCCGUUCGCAAAGACAGGAUGCCAACCACUAGUUAUCAUGCAACUAGUGUACAGUUCCAUGCCACCAUUGCUGGAGACCGAAUCCUCGAAGCCUUGAAUGCAUCCGGAUUUAAUAAGUUGUGGUUGACCCCUAAGAACAAUCAAGGUUUGGUGAAGAAUCAAAAGUCGAUGGGUCUUCGCUUCUCAUCCAAAGACUUUGACCGGGCUUGGGCUGUGAUUUUCCCUGGAAAGGAAGCACCUAAGGUUCAAGAGGUUCACCACAUGUUCCAACUGCAGAGUUUGCCAUAUGGUACCACUGCGGCAAUACUUGAGCAGUGGGCCAACAAUAUUGGUUGGACUUUCAAGGCAAUCAAAGCGCUGGGUCCCAAUUCCUGGCUCAUUGGUAGUUGCGAUAUGCCACCACCAGGUCUUCAGCUGUUCAAUAAUCGUCCCAUUCUCAUCAAGCAUUUGCCUCCGAAAGACACUGCAAAUGGGAAUCCGAUCGUAGCAGGACCAAUGCCACGUAAAGUUGAUCGCAAUGCCAUGUCAAGUGCGUCAACGGACCAGACCAGCCCUCACUUUGAUCCUUGGGCUGGAUACAAUGCUAACAAGAUGCAGCCAGCACAACCGAAGGACCUCACAGGACCUACAGAAGCCAAGUUCCAAGAGCACGCAGCCAAGCUCAACUCCCAGGGUGAGCAGAUCCAGAAAAUUGAGAAGGCCCUCAUGCAGCUUCAGAGUGACACCAAGCAAGAAUUUCAAAAUGUGCAGCAGCGAGAGCAGCAAACGCAGAUGCAGAUGCAAGCGGCCAUCAAUGCAGUGAAAACUGACUUGGAAUCAUCCUUUCAGCAAGCUAUCAGUCAGCAGUCCUUGCAACUCAACAGCACUUUGGGUGAACUCAGGACCUUGUUGCAGGCCAAGCCAAAACGCACUCGUUCUGCAGAUGGAGAUGACGGUAUGGAAGGUUGA